UGUGGUUUCCGUUAAGCAUAGGGAACGGUUCAUUUUGUGGGCAUUUUUUAUUUUUAUUUUUAUACACGGUUAGUUGUUAUACGUUGGUUUGUACGUCUGUUUUGUUACCGGACUGAUCCGACUGGUUCGUCGAUUCGUGGGGUUAUGGCAGCAGCUACUAUAGUCCAUGAUGCAUCUGAAGCUGCAGAACUCUGCCAGUCUUUUGGGCUGUAUCUAAAGCCCAUUACAAAGAUGAUCAUCAGCGUGGCACUUCCUCAACUAAAGCAACCUGGAAAGUCCAUCUCCAACUGGGAAGUAAUGGAGCGCCUUAAAGGCAUGGUGACUAACCAUCAAUUCUCUACCUUACGAAUUUCCAAAAGCACUAUAGACUUUAUUCGAUUUGAAGGAGAAGUAGACAACAAAAGUCUUGUGAAGUCAUUUGUAACGGCUUUAGAUGGAAAAAGCAUAAAGCUCAGUGGUUUCUCAGAUAUUUUAAAAGUAAGAGCUGCUGAGUAUAAAAUUGACUUUCCCACCAGGCAUGACUGGGACUCCUUCUUCCGUGAUGCUAAAGAUAUGAAUGAGAAUUCACCUGGUGAAAGACCUGAUACAAUCCAUCUUGAAGGGUUACCUUGCAAAUGGUUUGCUUCCAUGGACUCGGGCUUGGAAAAGCCAAGUGAGGAAGUCCUUGUGAAAGUCUUUAGUGUUUUUGGAGAAAUCAGGAAUGUGGAUAUACCUAUGCUUGAUCCUUACAGAGAAGAGAUGACUGGCAGGAACUUUCAUACCUUCAGUUUUGGUGGCCACUUGAACUUUGAAGCAUAUGUGCAGUACAAAGAGUAUGCUGGGUUUGUAAAGGCCAUGACUGCUCUGCGAGGAAUGAAACUAAUGCACAGAGGUGAAGAUGGAAAAGCGGUGGCCUGCAAUAUCAAGGUUUCUUUUGACACCACAAAACAUUUGAGUGAGGCGUCCAUUAAAAAGCGACAGCUAGAGCGCCAGAAACUGCAGGAACUGGAGCUACGCCGAGAGGAACAGAAGAGGAAGGAGAAGGAAGCAGAGGAAAGACAAAAGGAAGAAGAGCGCAAGCAGAAAGAGCAGGAAGAUCUUGAAAAGGAGAAAAAAAAGAAGGAAAAGAUGAGACGUAAGGAGGAGAAGCUAAAAGAACGAGAACUGCGACGGAACAAGAAAAAAAUGCAAAAAUUGCAAGCCGAGGAACAAAAGAGAUUGCAAGAGAAAAUACGAUUAGAAGAAAGAAGGCUUUUACUGGCUCAGAGGAAUCUGCAGUCCAUUAGAUUAAUUGCUGAACUGCUGAGCAGAGUGAAGUCUAGAAAGUUACAUGAAGAGGAAGAAAAGGAAGCAGAAAGGAUUCUGCAGCUUCAGUUUGAAGACAGAAGACGGCAGCAGGAAGCGGAAUUAAGACGUGUAGAAGAAGAAAAGCAACGUGCUUUGUCACUUCAGAGAAAGGAAAGGGAGCUAAGGGAGAAGCUUCUGAAUAGUCUCAUUAAAAGGAACUUUCACCCUAUCCCUCAGAGUGUGGAGGACUCCACACCGAUGCAGUAUUAUUUUCCUGCACCCAGUGAAAGUGUCCCUUGCGAGUCGCCCUUAAACUAUGUUACCUCUACCUCUACUCAGACCCCUUCAAACUAUGAGCCAGCACGGCAGUACAACCCCUAUGCAAGCUCAAAUCUGCAGAGCAUUAAUGAAGUCCGCUACAAUGUUUCCCAAAUGCAGGAGUGCAAACAGAUCCACAGCGCUCUUCAUGGAAUGCCUCCGUGUGACAGUAAUACUCCCCUGAGUUCAGCAAUUGGUCAGAAAUUAUAUGCAAACACAUUGGAUGCUUCACAAAAAAAGAACGAUGUGGAAGAAAGUAGGUUAGAAGUCUCCAGCACACAUUCACACGCUCAGGAAAAAGUCCACAAACAUAAGUCGAAACACAAAAGAGACUUGAACAGGGAGAGAGAUGAGCAUAAAUUUAAAAAAACACACAAGAAGCAUAACUGUAGAGACUACAGUCCACACAGAAGAAGUUUGAGCCCAGAGGAAAGCAGGAACAGGAGUAAGGAGAGAAGGCAUAAACACAGUCAUAGACAUAGUAAGCACUAUAGGAGGCCCUAUAGUAGGGAUAGAAGCUCAUGGAGUAGCUGAGCA